GUUGUUGCCGUUCACUGUACUGGCUAUGGUGUGCGCGCGUAUUAAUUAAAUUUAUUUCACCAUUUUGUUGCUUAUUUUAAAGUAAUUAACUGAAAACAGCUCGUAGCAGUUGAAUAUACGCCGCCGGCAACACCGCACCGCACGUACAGUCGAAAAGCGAGCGUCGUUCAAUACACAACACAUUUGUUGUCGUUUCGUUUCGUUUUUUUGUGAUUCUCGCGUGUGUUUAUUUUUCGUAGCAAGAAUACUUGGUAAAUUUCCACUGCCAGCAAAUGGUUUUGACAAAUUUCGAGUGCUGGGCACAUGGCGAGUCCGCCGAUGCUGUCAAUUUCGAAACUGGGCCGGCGGCGCGCAAUUCGUCUGUUGUGGAUCCAUUCAAUGCACGUGUCGUUUCUCACAUUGCAUCCGCCUCGAAUGGAUACUAUGGCUAUGCAAUUGUAAAUAAUGACAACAACAACAACAGCUGCAAUAACAACAACAUACAGGCUAUGCAAGUCAAUGAUGUUGACGCUGCGCAAGACGUCGCUGCCUCUGCUGCUGCCGCUGCCUCUGCAGCAGCAGCGCGUUGCAAGAAACGCUGCUUUGGAAUGGACAUGGAGAUGGACAACUUGACGGCCGUCAAGCGAUGCCGUUUUGAUGAAGCCGAUCUGGUAGCUCAGUAUUGUAACGAUUUCUUUUCUCUGCCUGCCACACAAAUGAUUGGUACACAGGCUUGUCUCAUGGAAUAUGACAAUGAUGUGCAACAACAGCAGCAGCAACAACAUCAGACGCAUCAACUGCAACAACAAGAACAACAACAGCAGCAGCAUCCACGCAUCUUUCAACAUUAUCAAGGUCAUUUGCAUCGCGCUAACCGUGAUACAGCCCACAACGAGAACAAGAACAACAGCAGCUGCAGCAGCAGCGACGACAACAAAAAUUGUCCAAAAAUAAUAUACAACUAGAUGAUAAAUGUGAAUCCAAAUUGUUGGCUGAGUCAGCCGAUUUGUAUAUUGCUACACAUGGCGGUUGUCUGCAUCACUUUAAUCCGCUGUCGCUCUGUCGUGCCCUUGAAACGGACGAGGAGUUUGAUAUCUAAAAAGCUAUCAAUUAA